AUGAAGGCGGUAGUACUUCAUCACCCAGGAGGCCCCGAGAUGCUUCAGAUUGAACACCUCCCUAUUCCCAAACCUCGUGUCGGCGAAGUACUUAUCCGAGUCAAAGCAUUCGGGCUCAAUCGCUCCGAGUUAUUCACGCGAAAAGGAUACUCGCCUGGUGUGAGAUUUCCGCGGGUUCUCGGGAUUGAAGCAGCAGGAAUAGUCGUCUCGGCUCCCGGUGGAGAAUUCCAAGGAGGCACCAUGGUUUUGACAGCGAUGGGCGGGAUGGGAAGAGCAUUCAACGGUAGUUACGCCGAAUAUACCCUUGUUCCUGCCGUGCAAGUUCAGGCCAUCACUGCAGAACCAUCACCAUCAUGGGAAGUUCUCGGUGCAAUGCCGGAGAUGUUGCAAACUGCCUGGGGAUCACUUUUCAAAUCCCUUCAACUGCAACCAGCUGAUCGGUUACUUAUCCGUGGUGGCACCACUUCUAUCGGAUUGGCGGCAGCAGCGAUUGCCAAAUCACACGGUGCCUUUGUUACCGCCACCAGUCGAAGAUCCGAUCGGGAAAAGCUCUUACGCGAUAAUGGAGCGGAUGAAACUAUCAUCGACGACGGAAUACUUUCAACGAAGAUCAGAAAGCCGUUCGAUAAAGUUUUGGAACUUAUUGGCACUAAGACGCUACAGGACUCCCUGCACUGUGCCAGAGAAGGGGGCCUCGUGUGCAUGACUGGUAUUGUUGGGGAUAAGUGGACUUUGGAAGAAAUCAAUCCGAUGGAAUAUAUUCCUUCAGCCGUCGGUUUGACUAUCUAUUCGGGUGGUUAUGGCGAUUUUAUGCGUACGCCGCUCAACGCGAUGGCCAAGAAGAUUAUGGAGAGUGAGCUCCACGUUCAGAUCGGAAAGGUUUUCAGGAUAGAUGAAAUUGUUGAAGCUCAUCGGACUAUGGAGGAAAACAACGCUGGUGGGAAAAUUGUCAUUUUAACGUAA